ACUCGGAACAAUAUUUCUCUUUCUUCUUCCAUGAACUUUCAUUCUUUCCUCUUGCCUCCAACCCAAUAAAGAGGAAAAUUGCUUGCCAGAGGAGAAGAACAGUCAUUUGCAACCAAAGACCCUUUCUUUUCGUUCUUAGCCUCCUUGUAACUUUGCCAGAUCCAGUCCAGAAAUGGCUUCUAGCAGCUCCUUGAAAGCGUCGUCUUCCACUUCUAAUUGUGAUGGUUAUAAUUAUCAUGUGUUCUUGAGUUUUAGAGGUGAAGACACCCGCCAGACUUUCACUGGUCAUCUUUAUGCUAAUUUGGUUGCACGUGGAAUUCACACCUUCAGAGAUGAUGAAGAACUUGAGAAAGGAGGAGAUAUCGCAUCAGAUCUCUCGAGAGCUAUCGAAGAAUCAAAGAUUUUUAUUAUUAUUUUCUCAAAACACUAUGCUGACUCCAAGUGGUGUUUGAAUGAACUGGUAAAGAUCAUCGAUUGUAUGACAAAAGAGGAAUCUGUGGUUUUGCCGGUUUUCUACCAUGUGGACCCAAGAGAUGUACGAAAUCAAGGAGGAAGUUUUAAAGAUGCAUUUUUGGAGCAUGCAAAAGAUGCAGAUCAAGAGAAGAAGAAGACAAUAGAAACGUGGAAGAAUGCCUUGAAGACAGCAGGCAACCUAAAGGGAUAUGAUCUGCAAAAUCAAUCUGAGGCAAUGUUUAUUCGAAGGAUUUGUGAAGAUAUCGUUAUAAAAUUGAAUCGUAUGCCUUUAGAUAUGGGCUACAACAUAGUUGGAAUCGACUUUCAUUUGAAGCAGUUAAAAUCACUUAUAAAAGUUGAAAUCGAUAAGGUUCUCAUGGUUGGUAUCCAUGGGAUUGGUGGAAUUGGCAAAACUACCAUCUCUAAGGCUAUUUAUAAUGAUAUCUCAUCUCAAUUUGAUGGUAGUAGCUUUCUUGAAAAUGUUGGGGGGAAAUGUGAAGAUGGUCUACUUAAAUUACAAAAGACACUUCUUCAAGUUAUCUUAAAGUGUAAAGAGCCAAAAUUCAACAAUAUUAGCCAAGGAAUCAUUAUGAUAAAGGAAAGGCUUCGAUCGAAAAGAGUCCUUAUUGUUCUCGAUGAUGUGGACAACUACAUGCAAUUAGAAAACUUGGCCGGAAAAUAUGGUUGGUAUGGUGCAAAAAGUAUAAUCAUCAUAACAACUAAAGAUAAACAUUUGUUAGCUCAACAUGAAGUAAAUGCACUUUAUGAGGUGCAAGGGUUGAAUCAUGAAAAAUCUGUUGAGCUUUUCAAUUGGUGGGCCUUCAAGCAAAAUACUCCCAAAAUUGGAUUUGAAAGCCUUUCAAAUAGUGUAGUGGAGUAUGCUAAUGGCCUUCCAAUAGCACUUAAAGUUUUGGGUGGCUUUCUCUAUAAUAAGUCAAUAGAUGAAUGGAAAUGUCAAUUGCAUAAACUAGAAAAAAUACCUGACAAGACAGUCCAAAGUGUGCUUAAAGUAAGUUAUGAUAAAUUGGAUGAUACAUGUAAAGAGAUAUUCUUGGAUAUUGCAUGUUUUUUCAGAGGAAAAGACAAAGAUUCUGUUUCAAGAAUAUUAGGAAGUUGUGCAAUGAUGGAAAUAAAAGUUUUGAAUGAUAGAUGUCUUCUUACUAUUUCAGAAAACAAGUUAGAUAUGCAUGAUUUAGUACAACAAAUGGGUCAAGAUAUUGUUCGUCAAGAAUGUCUUAAAGAGCCUGGAAACAGGAGUAGACUCUGGGAUCAUAAUGAUGUUGAUAGUGUGUUAAAAAGAAAUACGGGGACUCAAGCAAUUGAAGGACUAUUUGUACAUGGUUCUCUAGCAAGCCAGAUAUCUACAAAUUCUUUCACAAAAAUGAAUAGACUUAGAUUGCUAAAAUUCUAUGAUGCAAUGUUUUGGAAGAAGAACCCCCCCAAGGAUCUCGAUUUUCCUUUUUCUGAGUUAAGAUAUUUCCAUUUUAAGGGAUACCCUUUAGAAUCCUUGCCAACAAAUUUUCAUGCAAAGUAUCUUGUUGAACUUAAUUUAAAGGACAGCAACAUAAAACGACUUUGGAAAGGGAAUGAGAUUCUUGACAACUUGAAAGUCAUCAACCUCAGUUACUCAACAAAUCUUGUUGAAAUUUCAGACUUUUCAAGGGUGACAAAUUUGGAGAUCCUAAUACUAAAAGGGUGCAAGAGCCUUAAGAGUUUUCCUGCAAUCAAAGGAGAUAUGAGUAAGCUAAGAGAGAUUGAUUUGAGUUCUACAGGAAUAAAAGAGCUUCCAUCCUCAAUUGGACGUCUAAAGGCUCUUCAACACUUGAAUUUGAAAUGUUGUACAGAGCUUGUGAGUCUUCCGGAUAGCAUUUGCAAUUUGAGCUCUGUUAAAACACUUGAUGUCCGAGCAUGUCCAAAACUUGAGAGAGUGGAGGUGAACCUAGUGGGAUCUUUGGAUCUAACUUGUUGCAUUCUAAAGCAAAGAGUAAUCUCGUGGAGGAAUGAUCUAUGGUGGAACGAUAUUCUAUGGCAUGAUCAUCCACGGCACGUUAAAGUGGAAGACGAGGUCCUUAACCAUCAUGUUUCCUCCCAGUCAUCACUGGUAGAAUCAUGUACAAGAGACUACAGAGGCAUCGGCGGUGAUCGUUUCCACCUAUCUGCACUGGAAGUAUUAUCCAUAGGUAACUUCAGUCCAAUUCAAAGAAGAAUCCUCAGUGAUAUUUUCCGCCAAUCUUCAUUGAAAAGUGUAUCUCUUUGUAACUGCAAUCUAAUGGAAGAAGGAAUCCCUAGUGAUAUUUGGAACCUAUCUUCACUGGUAAAUUUAUCUCUAAGUAACUGCAGUCUAACGGAAGGAGAGAUCCUCAAUCAUAUUUGCCACAUUUCAUCAUUGCAAAACUUAUCUCUGGAUGGGAACCAUUUUAGUAGCAUACCUGCGGGCAUCAGUCGACUUUCCAAUCUAAGAGCCCUUAACUUGAGCCACUGCAACAAGCUUCAACAAAUUCCAGAGCUUCCAUCAAGUCUGAGAGAACUUAAUUUGAGCCACUGCAACAAGCUUCAACAAAUUCCAGAGCUUCCAUCAAGUCUGAGAGAACUUAAUUUGAGCCAUUGCAAGAAGCUUCGAGAAAUUCUAGAGCUUCCAUUGAGUCUAAGAUUUUUAGAUGCCCACUGUUCGGAUGGUAUUUCAUCAGGCUCCUCAUUGCUGUCAAUUCGUCCUCUGGUCAAUUGCUUCAAAUCAGAAUUAAUUCAGGGAGGCUGGACUUCUGUUGGUGCUUCUAGCUUUGAAAGCAGGGAAAGUAGUAUUGUUAUGCCUAGAAGUAGUGGAAUUUUAGAGGGGAUAAGGAAUCAGAGUAUGGGAAGUGAUGUAACAAUAGAGCUCCCUCGGAAUUGGUAUGAAAAUAAUGACUUGUUGGGAUUUGCUUUAUGCUUUGUUUGUGUUCCGGUACUUGAUGAUGAAUUGAACUUCUGUCCAUUGGACUUCUAUUGUGAGUUGGCUAUCAAGGGAAAUGAUCUAUUGAAAGAUAUGGAUAAAGUCUUAUUUAAAUCUGGGUGUUGUUGCUUUAAAAUUAAUGAUGAUAGUGUAUCAGAUCUAGCGUGGGUUAUAUAUUAUCCCAAGGAUGCUUUUAGGAGGCUAGAUCACUCCAAGCAAUGGACACACUUCAUGGCUUCAUUUCAUAGCCGCAGAACCUUUGAAGUGAAAGAGUGCGGGAUCCAUCCUAUAUAUGGUUGCUUCAAAUAUCAACAAAAUGAGGAAUGCCAACGGAAGCUUUGUUUAAGGGGUCAUGCUAUCAAUGAACUACCCUUUAUCGACCGACCAUUUGAACUUGAUAGCUUAUGUUUGCGGGAGUGCCAAAACCUUGAGAGUCUGCCAAGUACCAUCUGUAAGUUGAAGUCCCUUACAACUCUCUCUUGCUCUGGCUGUUCACAACUAAAGAUCUUUCCAGAAAUCCUAGAGACUUUGGAAAAUUUAAGAGAGCUUCAUUUGGAUGGAACUGCUAUAGAAGAACUACCAGCAUCAAUUCAACAUGUAAGAGGGCUUCAAUAUUUGAAUCUGGCAUAUUGCAGCAACCUUGUGAGCCUUCCACAAACCAUUUGUAAUUUGAAAUCCCUUGUAUUUCUUUCUUGCUCUGGCUGUUCACAACUAAAGAGCUUUCCAGAAAUCUUAGAGACUUUGGAAAAUUUAAGAGAGCUCCAUUUGGAUGGAACUGCUAUAGAAGAACUACCAGCAUCAAUUCAACAUGUAAGAGGGCUUCAAUAUUUGAAUCUGGCAUAUUGCAACAACCUUGUGAGCCUUCCACAAACCAUUUGUAAUUUGAAAUCCCUUGUAUUUCUUUCUUGCUCUGGCUGUUCACAACUAAAGAGCUUUCCAGAAAUCUUAGAGACUUUGGAAAAUUUAAGAGAGCUCCAUUUGGAUGGAACUGCUAUAGAAGAACUACCAGCAUCAAUUCAACAUGUAAGAGGGCUUCAAUAUUUGAAUCUGGCAUAUUGCAACAACCUUGUGAGCCUUCCACAAACCAUUUGUAAUUUGAAAUCCCUUGUAUUUCUUUCUUGCUCUGGCUGUUCACAACUAAAGAGCUUUCCAGAAAUCUUAGAGAAUAUGGAAAAUUUAAGAAAGCUUUAUUUAGAUGGAACUGCUAUAAAAAAACUACCAGCAUCAAUGGCACAUCUACGAAAGCUUCAAGAUUUACACCUGAGGGGUAUGCAAUGCUUAGAGGGUCUGGGAGCUGCCAGCAUCAUUCAAUUUUCUGAACUGAGGGUCCUCGACUUGAGUCACUGCCAGAAGCUUCUACAAAUUCCAGAGCUUCCCCAAAGCUUACGAUUUCUUGAUGCCCAUGGUUGUCCUUGCCUGGAAACUUUAUCAAGUCCCUCAAGUUCGCUUGGUUUUUCUCUGUUCAAAUGCUUCAAAUCAGCAAUUGAGGAGUUUGAGUGCGGGUCCUAUUGGAGCAAGGAAAUCACAGUUUUUAUUCCUGGAAAUAAUGGAAUUCCGGAGUGGAUAAGCUAUAAGAAAAAAGGAUUUGAAAUAGCAACAGAGCUUCCUGAGAAUUGGUGGGAGGAUAACAACUUUUUGGGAUUUGCCUUAUGCUCUGUUUUUGUUCCACUUCAUAUUGAAUCCAAGGAAGAUUCUCGUUUGAAAUGUGAAAUGAAUUUCCCUCAUAACUUUGAAUAUCCGGAUGGUUUCGUAACUAAAUUCUGGUCUGUGGAUGAACUCUCGUUUAGACGCAGUUAUCCAUGUUGCCAUAAUGGUGGUGAAUCAAAUAAAGUCUGGGUGGCAUAUUAUCCUAAGGUUGCUAUUGAGAAUAAGCAUUGGUCAAAUGAAUGGAGACAUUUGAAGGCUUCAUUUUAUGGUGAAGAAGUGAAAGUGGAAGAGUGUGGGCUUCAUCUUAUAUAUAAAACCAACAUCUUGAACAGAGAUUCCAAUGCCACCAACCAUUGGCCUCGGUUAUUGAGUGAAAAUACAGAUUCCAACAUCGAGCUCAAGUGCUUCGAAUCAGCAAUUGAGGAGUGGUCCUAUUGCCAGCAGAAAGUCGAAAUUUUAAUGCCUGGAAAUAAUGGAAUUCCGGAGUGGAUAAGCCAUAAGAAAAAAGGAUCUGAAAUAGUAGUAGAGCUUCCUGAGAAUUGGUGGGAGGAUAACAACUUUUUGGGAUUUGCCUUAUGCUCUGUUAUUGUUCCACUUCAUAUUGAAACUAAGGAAGAUCCUUUGAGUUUGAAAUGUGAAUUUAAUUUCCAUCAUUUUUACUUUGAAUAUCCGGAUGGUUUCGUAUCUGAAUUCUGCCCCGUGGAUGAACUCUCGGUUAGAUGCAGUUAUCCAUGUUGCCAUAAUGGUGGUGAAUCAAAUAGAGUCUGGGUGGCAUGUUAUCCUAAGGUUGCUAUUGACAGUAAGUAUUGGUCAAACGAAUUCAGACAUUUGAAGGCUUCAUUUGAUGGUGGAGUGAAAGUGGAAGAGUGUGGGCUUCAUCUUAUAUAUAAAACCAACAUCUUGAACAGAGAUUCCAAUGCCACCAACCAUUGGCCUCGGUUAUUGAGUGAAAAUACAGAUUCCAACAUCGAGCUCAAGUGCUUCGAAUCAGCAAUUGAGGAGUGGUCCUAUUGCCAGAAGAAAGUCGAAAUUUUAAUGCCUGGAAAUAAUGGAAUUCCGGAGUGGAUAAGCCAUAAGAAAAAAGGAUCUGAAAUAGUAGUAGAGCUUCCUGAGAAUUGGUGGGAGGAUAACAACUUUUUGGGAUUUGCCUUAUGCUCUGUUAUUGUUCCACUUCAUAUUGAAACUAAGGAAGAUCCUUUGAGUUUGAAAUGUGAAUUGAAUUUCCAUCAUUUUUACUUUGAAUAUCCGGUUGGUUUCGUAUCUGAAUUCUGCCCCGUGGAUGAACUCUCGGUUAGAUGCAGUUAUCCAUGUUGCCAUAAUGGUGGUGAAUCAAAUAGAGUCUGGGUGGCAUGUUAUCCUAAGGUUGCUAUUGACAGUAAGUAUUGGUCAAACGAAUUCAGACAUUUGAAGGCUUCAUUUGAUGGUGGAGUGAAAGUGGAAGAGUGUGGGCUUCAUCUUAUAUAUAAAACCAACAUCUUGAACAGAGAUUCCAAUGCCACCAACCAUUGGCCUCGGUUAUUGAGUGAAAAUACAGAUUUCAAUGUUAACAGAAGUCUUGAUGAUGCAGAGAACCCACACAACAAAAAUCAAGACUUCUCUAGUUUUCAACCUAACACACUUUUCUUCACCCUCCUAUAAGGCAUGUCAACCCAUGAGGUGUUGCCAACCAUUUCACUGUAAGUUGGUGCUAUUCACUUGUGGACAGUGAUGGUGCGGCUACACUAGUGCUAGGGAGCGGUAAGAAGGCAGUUGAG